AUGUCGGAGAACCCUAAGGGACCAGGUCACCAGGUCCCUGUUGCGUUCCUCCCUGAGGUUGUUCAUUCAUUUGCUAAAUAUCAUACUGGACAUUAUUCAUUUGAAAUGUAUACCAUGUGGGUCAGGUUCUCUGUUUGGAUCUUUGCAAUAAGUGGUAGAACAGAUCAUUCGAGAUUUACAAUCGCUCUCAAUCCAACUGAAGAUUCAACAUGCAAUAUAAAACAAGCAAUCGGUGAUGGAAGGAUUGGGAGUUUCAUUGAUGGCAUUGAGAAAGGCCAAAUCCCGAAUGAUCUUCUCAUAAAUAAUUGUGAUGAUCCAAUAUCGACAAUUGUUGAAAGUACAUAUCCAGAUUUCUUUAACCAUUCCAGUGACUUUGAUUACCUCCAGCAAAGAGCAAUUCUUGCUCCGACUCUUGAUAUGGUGGAGUCGAUCAAUGAAUAUAUGGUCUCACUCAAUCAAAGUCCCGAGAAGACAUAUUUGAGUUCUGAUAUAGUUGGUGUUCCUGUGAUAUUGCAAAGAAAUAUAGACCAGUCAUCAGGAUUGUGUAAUGGCACGAGGUUGAUCAUCACAAGACUUGAAAAUCAGGUUAUUGAAUCCAAGGUUUUAUCGAGUAAUAUUGCUGGACAAAAAGUGUUUAUCUCGAGAAUGACGUUGAUGCCAUCAGAUGCAAGAAUACCUUUUAAGUUCCAGCGAAGAUAA